CUGAGAGUGGUUGCCGUUGCGCACAAGUAGAGUUUCAGAAAAAGGGCUGUCAUAAACUGUGGACGGGCAACGCAGAGUGUCUGCUUAUGAAAGUUGCGUGUGGGCUGUCAGUCCUUUCAAAACUCGGACUCAGAGACGGCGCGAGCGUGGUCUCCACUGCAGGUCAACAAGUUGACUUCCAAAAUGUACUCACUUUCACGGGAAAUGAGCGCGUUGUUAUGGAUACAUAGAUAACGUUUCCCUGUCUUCUGUCUUCUGUUCUAUUUUGAACUGAGUAGGUUUCAGUCCAACCAGUGAAGCGAAUAUUAAAGGGCAAAGCUGUUAUGGAAGAGCCGCGGGAUCAGAGCAAAGAUGACAGCGUUUCUUUAUCUCCUAACCUGCGCUCUCCACCUCUGCUCCCGCCGCAGGCUGCGCACCACAUGCACAUAAACACUAAUUUUUUCAUUGACAACAUUCUUAGACCGGACUUUGGCUGCAAAAGGGAGCAGGGUCCAGACGCACACACGUCCCAGAGGGGGGUAGGCCUACGUUGUCUUUCUCUCCCCAACACUGCUUGCUCGGACUCUAACUCCAGCGCCGACAGCGUUUCUUCUUCAGCCUCCUCCACCGUCUCAUCCCCAGCCAACAGGAGACAUUCCCAGGUAGAUGAUGGAGUUAAUGCACCAAAAUCUGGGGUUGUCCCGGCACCAACCGUUGCUUUGAAUAAUCCAGGGGAAAACCCCGCGCCCAGUAAGGACACCCGAGAGCGUUUGUGGCCCGCCUGGGUUUAUUGCACAAGAUAUUCUGACCGGCCCUCCUCUGGGCCAAGGACCCGGAAACUGAAAAAGAAGAAUAACGACAGUGAGGAUAAACGACCCAGAACGGCGUUCACAGCUGAGCAGCUCCAAAGACUGAAGGCUGAGUUUCAGGCCAGCCGGUAUAUCACGGAGCAGCGCCGGCAGACUCUAGCGCACGAACUCAGCCUGAACGAGUCGCAGAUUAAAAUCUGGUUCCAGAAUAAACGCGCGAAAAUCAAGAAAACCAGCGGAUUAAAGAACGGCCUCGCGCUGCAGCUGAUGGCGCAGGGACUGUACAACCAUUCCACCAACACCAUUCAAGAGGAAGACGUCAACUAGACGAGAGAGAGAGAGAGAGAGAGAGAGAGAGAGAGAGAGAGAGAGAGAGAGAGAAUAGGAAAAUUGGUAAAUGACCAGAUAUUGUUGAAAGGAACUGUGGCUUGGCCUGUGAAAUUACCCGAUCAACCAUGGGCGAGUGUGUCAAUUUCUUUAAAAAAUAAAAUAAAAUAAAAAAAAAGAGUAGAAAUAAAUCUGAUGGUUCUUGAGGUGGAAUUGAAUUAAUUAACGAUUGAUUUUGAAAAGGGUAUUAAAAUUCAAGUAGCUCGGGAUUUUUUUUUUUUUUUUUUUUUCAUAGUCAAACAAGGGCACGACAUUAUUAUAUUUUUUCUGAAUUCCUAUUUUAAUGCAGUUAAUUUCUUCGUGCCACAGAUGUGAAUAUAUUCAGUUUACAAUAAGAUGCCGAAUGUUUAUGACUUGAAAAUCGAAAAAAAAAAAAAAUGAACAUUGCAAUAUUUUGAAUAUUGACAAUAUUUUUCCCCCACUUUUUUAUUCGACUUGGUAUAAUGAGAUACUUAAAUAUCUGAUAUCAGAUGUUAUUCUUUUCUAAAUAUUUAAUGCUGUAUCCAAAUAAAUCCUUUUAUACCUGCAAUAUGUAGCCUUUAUUUUAUCCGAUAUUAUGUUGCCUUAUGGUGUCUGCAUCGUAAAAUAUGCUAUUCUUUCUUGCAUUAAGAAUCAGAGAUGGACCUCUAACUAGUGGAAUAACCAAGAGCAUUAAACAGUCGUUUUGUUUCGCCGUUAUUUAUUCCUACGUUAUAUUUACGGCUAUUUACAUGCCAUGCUGUUACAUGCCAUAUUCAUGUAUUACCCUCACACAGACGCAUUUAGUAUCGCAGCGUAAUUAUUUCAUCAAUGCAGGCUGAUGCAUGUAACAUCAAAACACAAUCCUUUAAAAUGAGUCAAUAAUAUAAAUAUGAAAUCACUUUUUCUUGCACAAAAACAAACAUUUUUGUAAUAUAUACAGAGAGAUUACUCUGUAGUUAAUUUCUAAUAAUAACAGAUUUGGAUAUAAAUUGCACCCAUGUCUUUCCCAACCCGAAUACUUUAUUUUAUUUUUUUAUUAUUAUUUUGUUUAUUUUUUAAGCAGGGAGAUGGGGAAACGGUACACAUAAUGUACUAUCUUCUUAACGAUAUUCAAACUGUCUAAUAAGAAUAAGAAUAAAUAUCAUAUUGAAUUUAACGAUAACGUGUAAAUUAAGAGAAAGGCUUUAAUGCUGAUUUGCAUGGCUCUGAGCUGUAGUUGAGUAACUGUUUUGGUGGUGUGUUGUGGGCAUGUCCUGGCUUUUUUAACAGAUUAAUCAAGUCAAAAAUGACAGAGAACAGUGAGCACCGUAUCCUGAUGGCAAUCACUGUUUGUUUUCUGAAGCUCUCUGCCCGGAGCAACAUUUUACCCUGGCAUUUUCAUCUGACAUACAGAAUGUGAGUUGUUGGAUUCGUGGUUUUCUCACACUGUUAUUGUCUCCACCUUUAUGACCCUCUACACAAGGCGCGCCCGGGCAGGCUCGGUUGAGUGCAGGAAUUGGAAACUGUCUAGUUCAAAAGCGAGUUGCUUUGAUUAAGAUCUUGAUCUGCAAAUCGACGUUUUCUCAAGUUCUGAAAAUCUACACUGGAAGCCUUCAAACUGUGCAUUAGAGAUAACAAAGUAAUGCAAGAUUCCUGUACGCGUCUUACGAUGUGAAGAUUCUUCAGUAAUGCCUGCAAGUCCUUUGUGAAGACCUAUAUUGCCACAGAAAGUUACAGUUCAGCUAAAUUAUGCGCAUUCUUAUUCGCCCUUUGUCAUCAAGUCUCCCACUAAGCGUUAUAGAAAACUGCUUGUGUGCAGCAUUCGGGAACGAAUUAAACGAGCAAAUGAGACGAUGUUGCGGGAUGUUCUCCGCCAUCAAUCACUGCGACAAAGUCACCAAGCCAGACUUAAAACUAAAUUUGCUUAAGCUAAAUGGUGAAUAUACAGGAACAUGAUAACAACAAAGCCACGCAUUUGACAAAAUGAAAAACGAAGGUUAUAGUAUAAAUAGAUAUACAGGUUUUAUUCAGACAAUUAGACUCUAAAAAUCGACGAAAGUGUCGGUCUCAUUCAUUUGCGUCAAUGCAUUUGUUUGAAAAUAUCUACAACAAUAUUUACACCGUCAAAGUAAAGUCACACAGACUGUAGGCGGGGCAAAAGGCUCCUAUAAUUUUUGUUUUCUCCCAAAACACUAAAUAGCAUCAAAAACUACCACAGGACUUUCCUAACCUAACCUUACCUGUUUAUCACUAUGAACAGCUAAAUUUUCCUCUACCGUGAGAUCAUUUACGUGUAAUGUCUAAAAGUUGAUUUCGAGUCAAUUUGAUCUAAUAUUUAAUCUUUUUUUUUUUUAUGUUGCAAAUUUCAUAUUUAAUUUUGAAACAAAUUACUUAUUUGUAAUUUUCAAUUUUGCUCAAGGUGAUUAUAUCAAAAUAUUUUCAAUAACUGUCCAAUAAGUGAAGGAUAGUAUUUGGGGUUAAAAGCCCCCCUGUUGCAGGGGCUAAAGGCCCCUAUUAAACACAUUGUUUUUUAAAAGUGGGGCGAAUAGGUUUGUUAUGAAAAAUGUUCAAAGUGUGCUCACAUUGACUGAUCCAAUCACAAUGGAGAUGCAUGUGUUUGUAGAAUACUUGAGAUGUAAUA